AUAAAAGAGCGCCAGUUCCCGAAACACUCGUAGCAGUCUAUGCUCGUUUGUCACGCGAGAAAAACAUUUUUAAUCACUAAAAACAUUUUUUAAAUCAAUUUGACUCUUCGGAUAGCGUUCAGACAUGACUAAGACAGGUAAACCUGACUCAUACUGGCAUGACAUCAUGUGCAAGUAUGCCCAAGGGAAGUACCACUUUACAACAGGAAAGAAGCCAGGGGUGAAGAAGUGGAAGGAUGCCUUGGACAGAAUUAACAACUGCCCAUUACACAAGCAGACCAGUGUCUAUGAUAUCUGUGGGAAAAGAAUCCCUUGCAAAUGUGGUUAUCAUAAGUCUUGCAGACCGAGGCAGAAAAUCUGUGGAUCAACCAACAUCUUCUCCCACAACAUCAUUUGCACAAUCGCCUGCAUACAUUGAAGAGCAGCAAGGAGCUCCACAAAGUGUACCUCACACACCAUCACCGGGCAUUAACCUGAGGCCUCCAAAAGUGAAUUGGGUGAGUUUUCUCCCCAAGCAGUUCUGUCGAGUGAUUAAACCAGCAGACCAGAAGUGGAUCGCACAGUGUCUAUAUGACAGCACAGGACGACUGAAGCAGCAGUUUUCACAAAACUGGUUUCAUCCACCAAGUCCCAGCAAGCCUACUACUUCACCUCCUGAUCCUAGUAGCUACUUUAGACAGCGGAUGUUUCUGUGGGCUCCAAUGAGAAUGUGGGGAAUUCCUCUGAAAUGCACACAGUGCAAAAAGAAGAUGCAUCAUUCAGGAAUAUACACCAAAGUAAGGGAAGUCAUUGAUAUUGACUCCAAAUACUACUUAGUUGGAGCAGACUACCCUCGCUGCAGUAAUUGUAUGAUUCCUGUCUGCCCUUGGAGUUCAGAGAUGCUUAACCAACUUGAUCCCUCCCACAGAAAUAAAUUUCCCGCUGUUCUGACAACUCAGCUUGCUCUAGACAGGAAGUGUGUGACUUUGUUGAAGCCCAGAACUGCAGGGAACAGCUCCAGUUUCUUGCAGCAGGCGCUUGAAGAAGUACACAGUGAGGAGUGGGCAAGACGGACCAUAGACUAUCUGACGGACUGCGAGCUUCACAAAAAGAGAUGUGCCCUGACACAGUCUGAAGUGUUUUAUCAGCAGCCACCACCUUUUUGCCCCCUACCUCUGGCACAGUGGUUUGAGACCGUCCAUGCCAAUGAGAUCCUGAGUCACAUUGAUGAGCUAAAAGGUGUCAUAACAUCAACAUAUGGCAGCAUCCUCAAGCUGGAUUCUACCAAGAAGAUAACUAAAAAGCUUGCUGGUGGCAUUGCGGACACUGCUACAUGGAUGACCAAUGUUGGCAAUGAGAUUGGCCAAGUCCUAAACUGUGUCCUAACCACUGGUGAGGGAGCUGGCCUAGAUGACUUGUGUCAGGGCAUCGUAAAGCGAUACAAAGAUGCUGGGGAGCCAGAGCCAGCUGUGAUUUACGUUGACCGGGACUGCUGCAGCGAGACAGGCGUGACUCCAGUUCUUAACUGGUUUCGACCAUGGAAAGUCACGGUGCGCCUCGACGUUUUCCACUUCAUGCGCCGGUUCACUGCUGGUCUUACAACGGAGCACCAUCCACUGUAUGGCACGUUCUGCUCCAAGUUGUCAAGCUGUAUAUUUGAAUGGGACAAGGAUGACAUCUCUCAUCUUAAAGAGGCGAAAAAGACGAUGCUUUUAAAAAAACAUGGGGGCCAUAUUCCAACAGAGGCCCAAAUCCUGUCAAGCAUCACCUCCAGUGAGCUGGCCAAGCACUGCCGGAGGAGGACACGUGGAGUAGAAGAAACUCGUGCCUUAAUACAAGGACUGCUGGACUCUAUGUGGGAACUGACCGACACCACUGGUUUGCGCCUCAUCAGUCCAGAAAGCAUGACGCAUGUGUGGGAGGUGCAGCAGAAACACUUACCUUGCAUUCAAGAUCCACCCGGUGUUCAGCUUUACACAAAACUGGGCUCCGGGUUACAGAAGGGUGAUAAGGUUCUGGAUGUACUGAGGUGUGGUAGAGGGUCCUCUUCCCUGGAAAGCUUUCAUCGCCACCAGUGCACUUUCAUUCCAGGGUGGAGAUGUAAUGCUGUACAUACUCAGAUGUACAUGCUUGAGGGUGCAUCUAGGUGGAACAUCAACCGAGGUCAUCAAGCUGUGGACAUGGGUAGUACAUCACUAACUAAGCUCUAUGAUGUUCGUUUAAUGUCCCACAUGAAUGACCUCAGCAACAGAGUCCUCGGAUGUCUACUUCUACCAGAAUUCAUACCCCCUGGGAAACCCACUGAUGAGCGUAUAGCUGUGGAGUACUUGUUGGCACAGUCGGACAGAGGAGACCUGCUUUCUCCACAGGUGCAAGGUGAAAUCACUUUGCCAGAGAUGCAGGUUGAAGUUCAGGAGGACGAGUGCCUGGAUGUCACAAUAAGUGAUGCAGCAGACAUCAAUAUAGAUGCACACACCCUUGGAUGUUCCAGCAGUCAUGAUGAUUCAUUGAUCUCAUCUCUGGAAACCAGUGUUCCAAGUGGUGGCUCUUACAGUCCUGAUAUUGAAGACAUUUCCUGCGCUGGGCCCAGCACAUCAACUUCGGACAGUAGAUGUGAUUCAAGGGGUGUUCCUGGAUGGGAGGCAGUGGAUAACCUGGCAGGGUACCUCGUCAGCCUCAACCGCACUAUCACUGCUUUGUCAACCAACGAAAUAGCAGAGAUCUUGCGGCUGUAUUCGUAUCUGCAUGCCAUUGAUCAGUCCCCCUCCAAGUAUUCCCUUAAGUGCAAGAAAAAAACUUUGCCAGGUCCUUGGAGAGCUUCUCGGAAGCGUAGUGGCUCAGCCCCUGGUCAGCAAGCAGCUGAGAGACUGUUCAUGACUCAUGGCCAGGCUGCCCAGAGGCCUGAUGUGAACAGGGUUUCAGAAUGUGUCGCCCUCAAGCUUCUGAAGGAGUUCAGGGAAGCCAGGAAUAGGCCUAAAGACAACAAGGGCAAAACAUUUCCCAUUCCUCAGGCGAUAGUGAUGACGUACAGUCACAUCAAACAGCUUCUUGAAGACUGCAGAGAGCUACUGGACCAGACCAACUUGGUGCUAGUCACUAUAAACAACACCACAGUGUCUUCAUGGCUUCUUGACAGACAGAAAAGAACUGACCGGGACACCCUGCUACAAGGUGUGGAGCUUCCCCAGCCUGUUGGUUUGGCAAAGGAGCCACUGCCAAAGCCUAGAGAGCUCCCAUCUGCACCUGUUCAACAUGGACAUGUUGCCAUUGAGUUCCAGGAGCCUGAAAAUCGAGAGGGUGAGGCAGUUAUUCGCCAACGUAAGUGUGCACGAACUGGAACUGCAGUGUCUUCCAUUACACACACAGACACUGGGCUAGGAUCUGGCACAGACUAUACUACUGCAGCAGCACACAAACAUUUUUUCUGGCCUGGGGCCCAGCACUUUCCAGGGUGGCAUACCUGGCCUGGGUAUUCUGAUUGGUCUUUUCCACCACACUCUCAGCAUUGGUCGUCCUUUCCACCGGGCCAACAGCCAUCAGCUCCACUGCACUAUCAGGGAUGGUCAUCCCUUCUGCCGGGCCAACAGUCAUCAGCUCCACCGCACUCUCAGGAUUGGUCGUCCCUUCCGCCAGGCCCACAGUCAUCAGCUCCACCGCACUCUCAGGAUUGGUCGUCGCUUCCACCAGGCCAACAGUCAUCAGCUCCACCGCACUCUCAGGAUUGGUCGUCCCUUCCGCCAGGCCCACAGUCAUCAGCUCCACCGCACUCUCAGGAUUGGUCGUCGCUUCCACCAGGCCAACAGUCAUCAGCUCCACCGCACUCUCAGGAUUGGUCGUCCCUUCCGCCAGGCCAACAGUCAUCAGCUCCACCGCACUCUCAGGAUUGGUCGUCGCUUCCACCAGGCCAACAGUCAUCAGCUCCACCGCACUCUCAGGAUUGGUCGUCGCUUCCACCAGGCCAACAGUCAUCAGCUCCACCGCACUCUCAGGGAUGGUCGUCCCAUCCACCGGGCCAGCAGUCAUCAGCUCCACCACCUCCUCAGAACCGUCAACGUGCAUGGAGACUGCACAAGGCAGCACUUGAGGAUCAAGAGCGUGUGGCGAGAGGGGAGCCACCAAAGAAGCGUCACACAAAAGAGCACUACCAUUAUCAGUGUAAAACAUGUGGUCAAUCAAAAAGCAAACUUACUGGCCAUUCCCAGGUUAAAGGAAAGUGGUACUGUCCAGCAUCUGGCCAGACCAUUACAGAGUGGAAAGACUCUCUUUAGGCUUUUUGUCUUUACUUUCAUACAUAAUACAUUCGGUUGAUUCAGUGAUGUUAGUGCAUUAAGUGCACUAAGUAAAAUUAGAAUUUGAAGGAAAGCUCUUAAAAACAUGUGCAUAAUUACUCUUAUCAUUACUAUUGUUUGUACAUUUUAUUAUUAAACCAUAUUUGUACAAUAUAUAUAUAUAUAUAUAUAUAUAUAUAUAUAUAUAUAUAUAUAUAUAUAUAUAUAUAUAGAUAUAUAGAUAUAUAGAUAUAUAGAUAUUUAAAUGUGUGUGUGUGUAUAAAAACCUCUGAUUCGAGCUCUUGGAAUAAACUUUGUGGAAGUGAUUUAUUAUUAUUAUUAUUAUUAUUAAACUAUUUCUGGAGU